AUGAAUACGGUACCGCGUCAAUUAGCAAAACAUGACCUUAGACCAUUCAUUCUCUUAGUGGUGCUAUACUUCUUACAAGGUAUUCCAGUUGGACUAGCUUUCGGCACGGUACCGUUCCUGCUUAAAUCUAUGGCUAAAGAUACAACCUUUACUCAACUAGGGGUAUUCACCAUGGCCACUUAUCCAUACUCAAUGAAAAUUCUGUGGUCACCGAUUGUUGAUUCCAUAUAUAGCAGAAAAUUGGGCCGACGCCGGUCAUGGAUUAUACCUGUCCAAUUGGUAAGUGGAGUGAUGCUUUGGAUAAUUGGCAUUGCUAUUUCUAGAAAUAUUAUUUUUGCAGGCGUUGAUGAUAUCUACUACCUUGAAAACUCUACGCCCUCUAAUAUGAACAUUACAACUUUAACGGCGUGCUUUUUUAUUUUGAUAACGCUCUGCGCAACACAGGAUAUCGCUGUGGAUGGCUGGGCUUUGGAAAUUCUGUCAAAAGAAUCGUUGUCUUAUGCAUCCACAGCUCAAACUGUUGGCCUUAAUACAGGGUAUUUUCUUUCGUUUACCAUUUUUCUCACAUUCAAUUCUGGCCAUUUUAUGAAUAAAUACAUAAGGUCCGUUUCUCAAGAAUAUGGACUGGUGAGCCUAAGCGGGUAUCUGAAAUUUUCUGGACUAGUGUAUAUUGCAGUAACAUUGUAUGUUGCAUUUUGCACCAGCGAAAAACCAACGAACGCAAUGGAGCUUCCCACGAAGAAGAGUGACGAAAGAAUUGGGGACUUGAUUGAUCUUAAUUUUGACACAAAUCCUGCCCAUAUGAGUCUAGCUAAUGUUUACCGGUCAUUCUUCAAAAUUCUGAAACUACCAAGUGUCCAAACGUUGAUGAUCAUACAUCUUCUUACCAAAUUCGCGUUUCAAUGUAAUGAAGGAGCAACCAACUUGAAGCUGUUGGAAAGGGGGUUCAAAAGAGAAGAUCUUGCAAUUACAGUCCUUAUUGACUUUCCAUUUGAGAUCAUAUUCGGCUAUUAUGUUGCUAAAUGGAGCAGUGACGCUUCCUAUAACACAAGGCAAGUUUCACGAUCAAACAUAUUGAUUAGAAGUCUGGUCGGCGAAGCCGGAAUUUUAACGCCCUGGCUAUGGGGGUUCUUGGGACGACUUUCAGCUGCAUUUAUGGCGAAUAUAUUGAUUGCCAAAUUUCCUACCGAUGGAGAAAUCACCCAAGGAUAUUUUAUAAUGGUAAUACUUCAGCACUUAUUAGGGUCAUUCAUGAGUACUGUACAAUUCGUGGGAAUGUGCGCAUUUCAAACUCGAAUUGCUGACCCGGCUAUUGGAGGAACGUAUUUGACUUUGUUGAAUACGCUUAGCAACUUAGGAGGUACAUGGCCUCGAAUCUUAGUUUUAUGGAUGAUCGACCAUUUUACGAAAUACGAAUGCCUUGUCUCAGGCAAAACUUCAAAUGCUAUUAUCGGGCAAGCAAGCUGUAAGGCGGCUGGUGGCCAAUGGACAAUGGUUAGAGACGGUUAUUAUAUUGCAAACUCCUUUUGCGUCCUGGUUGGCUGCGCGCUGUACUUUGGAUUCAUCAAGAAACGAGCUCAGCAGCUACAAAAGCUACCGGCUUCUUCAUGGCAGUGUCAUUAA